UUGGUGGGAGGUGUGGUGGGUGGAGCUUUCUCUUUUAGACUUUGGAAGAGAAAGAAACGCAGACGGCAUUCGCAGGGGCCUCUGAAGUACUAUCACCCUAGUCAUGUGUUAGCGUGUUAUGUUUGCGAACUUACAACUUAUUUAGAUACUAUUCUGACCUUAGUAAUCUGGAUACAAUGAAGGUGAAAAUCAAGAGCUGGCAUGGAGUUGCUUCCUGGCUCUGGGUUGCUAAUGAUGAGAACUGCGGCAUUUGUCGAAUGGCUUUUAAUGGAUGCUGCCCUGACUGUAAGGUACCUGGAGAUGAUUGUCCUCUUGUGUGGGGACAGUGUUCACACUGCUUCCACAUGCACUGCAUACUGAAGUGGCUUAAUUCUCAACAAGUUCAACAGCAUUGUCCAAUGUGCCGACAGGAAUGGAAGUUCAAAGAGUGACUCUGACAAGAUUUCUCCCUCUCUUCUUGCCCAGCUUCCUUUGGAUCUCAUGAAUUCACAAAGCUUGUUGAAAUUCAUCCCUUUGUGUCCCCUGAAUAUUGUACAUACAUUCUGAGUUGCCAGAAUUGCUAAUACCAAUCUAGAAUCAAAGAAAACUGUUAUUGUAUAUUACAAUAUUUUCUCAAUGCCAUCAUCCUAUAUACAGAUGUCCCAAUGUAUGGUACCACACCAGCUCAGCUCUCAAAGGCUAUAAAAUAUGAAGAAAGUGAUGACUAUGUCGGUAUGAAGAUUACAAGCAACUAAACCUCCAGUUUCAAUGUUAGUAGUUGAUUGAAAUGAAAUAGGAUUGAUUUGUGUAAGAGAAGUAUCUCAGCUGUAUUUUUAUUAAGACUAUUGUUUUAAAUAUUGUUGUAAAAUGUGUACUUUCAACUUCAACAUAAAACACCCAAAUCUCA